AGCAAACACGUCCUCAACGCCCAAGUGGCAAUCCGAUCCCCUUGCUGCAAGAAAUGGUUCGACUGCGCCGAAUGCCACCAAGAGACCGAAAGACAUCCCCUCCAGAAAGCCAGUGAGAUGGUCUUCGCCUGCAAGAAAUGCAAGAAAUGCUUCCGCAAGGACACGGCCGAAUUCGACGAGAGUGACGAAUACUGUCCCCACUGCGACAACCACUUCGUGAUCGAGGCGGUGACGCCGACCCCGACGCUCCACGUGGAAGGCGAGGAUGCGCGAGUGGAUUCGAGAAUGCUAAAGGACGAUCGGGUUCGCGGACAUCAGGAGAAAUCCAUCUUUAAUUUCAAGGAUAUUUCGGAUCGGUUGGGUUAG